AUGAUCGCUCGCGAAUGGGAGCCCAUGCUCGGCGGCAUGCGGGAGGCAUUCUGGGGUCCGAGGAACACCCAUAUAUACAACUGCAGGCGAAAGAUCGGGGUACCUGGCGAGGUUGAGGUGUCUGUUGCUUCCGGGGCUGGGCUGCCGCUGAUGUGUGUGCAUCGGUACAAUCAGGUCUUGACUGCCACAGGGAUCUGGGAUCGGCGUGGCACCUAUUGCUUUCGUGACACCAGUGGUGUGGAGUUUCUGGAUGAUUGA